AUGGCACCAUUUCUCCAAGCUCUUCCGCACGGCGGGCACGAGCUUAUCGUCAACGGCAGCCCCUUCCUCUGUCGUGCGGGAGAGCUGCAAAACUCGUCAUUCUCGUCGGCGGUGCACAUGUCAAGCGUCUGGCCCGACCUAGUUCGCCUCAACCUCAAUACCGCCUUUGCAGCUAUCGGCUGGGACGACAUUGAGCCACAGGAGGGAACGUUUGUGUUUGAGGCACUGGACGAAAACAUCCGACAGGCAAGGGAACAUGGGAUCAAGCUGGCCCUGCUGUGGUUUGGCUCCCACAAGAAUGGUCACAUGAACUAUGCCCCGUCGUGGGUCAAGACCAACCCAACCCGCUUCCCUCGCUGCAUCACGCAUCCCGCGCCGGACGGCCAACCAAAGGUCAACGACUACCUGUCCGUCUUCUCGUCAGCCUCGGUCGACGCCGACGCCAAAGCCUUCCGUGCACUGCUUGCCCACCUCAAGCAGGUCGACGGCGAAGCAGGGCAGGAAACGGUCAUCAUGGUUCAGGUGGAGAACGAGGCCGGCGUUCUUGGCGACACGCGCGACCGUUCCGCCGCGGCGGAAGAAGCGUUCCGCUCGCCAGUUCCGUCAUCGUUCCUCGAUGCGUUGGAUGCGAAUCGAACCUCUCUCAACAAGCACAUCCUCGGCAACUUCCCCUUGAUCACAAAGGGGUUGAAGAAGGGUGUCUCUUGGGAGGCCACCUUUGGUCCUGGGCCGCUCACGGACGAGCUGUUCAUGGCGUACCACUACGCCCUGUACAUGGACAAGGUAGCCGGGGCAGGCAAGUCGGCUUACUCCGUGCCCAUGUACACGAACGCCGCUUUGCGCGCCACUCGGCACACUGCCCGCGAUGGUGGAACCGGCGGUGGCGCCGCUCCUGGCAUCUACCCAUGCGGCGGUCCCGUCGACACCGUCAUUGACGUGUACCAACUUGUCGCGCCAAACCUCGACUUUGUCAGUCCCGACAUCUACUUUGCCGACUACGAGACCAUGUGUCAGGAAUACACGCACCGAGGCAUGACGCUCGUCAUCCCCGAGCAGAGGCGUGACGAGUACGGUGCCUUGCGGACCUGGGUGGCCAUGGGCAAGUACGGCGCGCUCGCAACGGCGCCGUUCGCGAUUGACACACUGCCCGUUGAGGAUGUUGCCUUCCAGCGCCACUACGCCCUCCUCCGUGACAUUACCCCUACCCUCCUUGCGGCGCGCCGCAACGGCUCGCCGAGUACGGGCUUCUUCUUUGACGCAUUCGCUCCCGGUACCGAGGACCCAGGCUCACAGAAGGAGGUCACCCUGGGCGAGUGGAACCUGCUCAUCGAGCGCCAGCCCGUGUUCGGCCACCCCGCGCCGGGCUAUGGGCUCAUCAUCCUCACGUCGGCCGACACGUUCCUCCUUGUCGGCGAGGGCUUCCAGGUCACGUUCAAUUCUGCUUCGCCAAACGCCGUGUUUACAGGACUCAUCCAUGUCGUUGAGAAGCAAGUGGUGGACCCCGAGACGGGCGCCCUGGGAUCCCUUCGUACACUCAAUGGCGAUGAGACGCACUGUGGCAAGCAGGCCGUCAUGCCAUGUGUGAAGCCCGACGACGGGUGGUACCCGAUUCCGACCAACAUUCCAAGCAAGACGCGUAUUGCAGAGUGCAAGGUCUACAGCUUUUGA